AGUGGCGGCGGGCGGCGACGGCGCAGGAGCCGGGGGUUGAAGACACGCGCGCUGGCCCUUCCGCGCCGCGGCCGCCGCCGCCGCCGCCACCCAAAGCCAGAGGCGCCGGGGCGCGGGCGAGCGGGUGGGCCGGGGCAGGGCGGGCAUGGCGCGGACCCCGGGCCCGGCCCCGUUGUGUCCCGGAGGCGGCAAAGCACAACUUUCCACGGCUUCUCCUCCCGCGGCCGGGCUGCUGCUGCUGCUGCCGGCCCCGACGCCGCCGCCGCUGCUGCUCCUGCUCAUUCCCCUGCUGCUCUUCUCCCGGCUCUGUGGUGCCUUAGCUGGAUCAAUUAUCGUGGAGCCACAUGUCACAGCAGUGUGGGGAAAGAAUGUUUCUUUGAAGUGUUUAAUUGAAGUGAAUGAAACUAUAACACAGAUUUCAUGGGAGAAGAUACAUGGCAAAAGUACACAGACUGUUGCAGUUCAUCAUCCUCAAUAUGGAUUCUCUGUUCAAGGAGACUAUCAGGGAAGAGUCUUGUUUAAAAACUACUCACUUAAUGAUGCAACAAUUACUCUGCAUAAUAUAGGCUUCUCAGAUUCUGGAAAAUACAUAUGCAAAGCUGUUACAUUCCCACUUGGAAAUGCCCAGUCCUCUACAACUGUGACUGUGUUAGUUGAACCUACGGUGAGCCUCAUAAAGGGGCCAGAUUCUUUAAUUGAUGGAGGAAAUGAAACAGUCGCAGCCAUUUGUAUAGCAGCCACUGGAAAACCAGUUGCACACAUUGACUGGGAAGGUGAUCUUGGUGAAAUGGAAUCUACUACAACUUCCUUUCCCAAUGAAACAGCAACGAUUGUCAGCCAGUACAAGCUGUUUCCCACGAGAUUUGCUAGAGGAAGGCGAAUUACUUGUGUUGUAAAACAUCCAGCCUUAGAAAAGGACGUCCGAUACUCUUUCAUCCUAGAUAUACAGUAUGCUCCUGAAGUUUCAGUUACAGGAUAUGAUGGAAAUUGGUUUGUAGGAAGAAAAGGUGUUAACCUCAAGUGUAAUGCUGAUGCAAAUCCUCCACCCUUCAAGUCCGUGUGGAGCAGGUUGGAUGGACAAUGGCCUGAAGGUUUAUUGGCCUCCGACAAUACUCUUCAUUUUGUCCAUCCACUGACUUACAAUUAUUCUGGUGUUUAUGUCUGUAAAGUAACAAAUUCCCUUGGUCAAAGAAGUGAUCAAAAGAUCAUCUACAUUUCAGACAUUCCACUUAAACAGACCUCAUCCAUAGCAGUGGCUGGAGCUGUGAUUGGAGCUGUCCUGGCCCUCUUCAUCAUUGCUGUCUUCGUGACUGUGUUGCUAACACCACGGAAGAAGAGACCAUCCUAUCUUGACAAAGUAAUUGACCUUCCUCCUACACAUAAGCCACCUCCCGUAUAUGAAGAACGAGUUCCUUCUUUGCCUCAGAAAAGCCUUCUGUGUCAGACUGAACACUUGCCUUUGCAGACUCAGUUCAAAGAGAAAGGAGCUGGUGGUCUUCAGUCCUCUACUGAACCAAAUAGCAGAAGAUUUGACUAUGAAGAUGAGAACACAGUACAAGAGGAUGGGACUCAGCAGAUGUACCCCCUUUACAAGCAGCUGUGUUACCAAGACCGAAGCCCCCACAAACAUCACCCAAGCAACCCCGAGAGACUGUACAUCAACCCACGAGAACAUUAUGUGUGAUUUUCCUCUGUUGUAAUGGGUGUUCUAACAAAUGUUUGUUCUUAGACUUGAGAGAGAAACUGAGGCAUCUAAGCAAUUUCAGUCUGAGUGUGUUGGAACUGUUGAUGAAUGACUCUUAACUUCAUUAAGGGUUUCUUAAACACCAGCUGUGUUUAUGAACUUGCCUGUAGCUUUGCAUUUCUAACUCUAGUGUUUAACUACUAAUACUUGGCCUAUAAUGGCAUAUUCAUUGAAAUCACGGCAUCUGCCUGUGAUGACUUCAGGGAAAGGCCCGAGCUGCUGGCAACCACUCUGCUUGGGUCUCAGGCAGUGCUUGUCUGUAAUUUAAACAAGUGGAAAAAUGAGCUCCAAAUCCAGUACACUAAUUAUUAAACUGGGAUUUAGAUUUCCCUAGAAUCUCAGUACAAUUACAAUACCUGUAUACAGAGGCCAAGGAAAGAGGCAGACUCUCUUCUCUGCAGACAACAGUAACCAAGGCAAUGAGAACCUUCACACCUCCAGGUGCUUGUGAACCAGCGAUAGUGCUGUGUGUCCUUCCUGGCUAAUAGACUCCAAGGGCUCCACAAGGCCUUCUGUCCCCUCAUGACUAGCUGUGUCUACAAAGUCUUCUACUUUGUAUUUGUUGCUGUAGCCUAUUUCCCAGCUAGUAAGUCCUAGAAUCCUUGCUGAAAUGGGAUGCAGUCCCGUUAGGUUUUCCCUUCUUCUACUGAACAUGACAAGCUCAGCUUUUUACUUAUUAAGUUGAUUUCAAACCAGUCUCACUCCACACAGGUUUUAGGUAGCUAUUCUUCUGCAUUCUUCAAUUUUCUUCCAUAUCUUGUCUACCUCAAAAAACAAGCAAGCCUGCUGCAAAUCACCAUGAAAUAACUCCCACUCCUAAAAGCCAGGUGGAAAAAAUCUGAAAACUAUUUUUUUUGUAAAUCUACUUCAGAAUGACAUGUUUGCUAAAUCUGCAUGUCCUGUAUUCCUCCUCCUCAUGUCACCUGGUCAACAAGCCUAAAGAGAUACUACAAAGUGAAUAAUAGAGCAGCCUCUCUGCCAAGAUAAAUGGUUACACGAUAAUGCUAUUAUGCCUGCUGGUAUCUGCCUGGAGUCCUCUCAUCUCCCUCUGCCAGCUGUCUAUCGCUAAGUCUGACAAGGGUCACAGAAGGAAACUUAAAGGCAAAAGGAUCAUGGGCACAUCUUAAUGAUAAUGUCGCUUUUCUGUGUGUCCUAGAUGAUCAGAGCAUGCCAUAGGCAUUAAAAAUAAAACACUGUGUACUUGUUACAUAUUAAAGGAGCUGUAUGCACAUCAAAAUAAAUAGAAUACAUAUCCAGUCUA